AUGAAUUAUUCACAAGAGGACGAUAGAAAAAAUGAUAAUUCUCAAAUUCAACGAAGUAAACAACCAAACACUGUUGCUAAUAACAAUGAAACUGUUAUAGUACUAAAUGAAACAUGUAGAGAAUCGAAAAUUUUAGAUGAGAGUACUGAAAGAGAAAAUGAUAACCAGAGAAAAGAAUUCGUUGUUGUUACCCUUAAUGACAAAUGUAAUGAUAGUGUGAAUAAAGAUAAUGAACAAAUAGAAAAACGUAAUGAAUUUCAAGUUACCGGUAAAGACAGGAACGUAACAACAACAUGGGUUCAAUUUAAUAAAAUUUAUGGAAAAUCGCUACCACAUUUUGGCGGAUUUGGUGGAGCAGACGGGGGAGGAGGAUAUGGUGGCUCUCCCAUGGAUUAUGAUCCAGCGUCCCGGAACUACUUUGUGAAAUUUGUUUUUAUGGUUUUGCUUAUAAUGUUACUCAUAACAGCCGGUUUUGCUGUCAUGGUUUUAGUUACGCCGGGCUUGAAAGAAUUUUAUUUAAGAGCCGGUUUAUUCAUGAUGAUAAUAUCAAUGGGCAUCUUGAUUGCUAUGAAUUAUGUGAUGGUUUGCUCAGCAUGCGCUAGAGUUCCGCCUUGCAAUUUCAUAUGUCUUGUUAUUGUAUUAGUCGCGAUGAGUAAUUUGGUAGCAGCCAUAACAGUUCGGUAUAAAACACAUAUUGUCGUUAUGGCUUUCGUAGCUACUGCAAUCACUGUUGGUCUAUGUAUAUUAUUGGCUUGUACCAAAUUUGAUUUCACGCAAUGGUAUAUUUACAUAGUUGUCAUUGCGAUGGUAUUUGCGGCUGUUGCGAUGGUGGCCUCUAUUGCAAUGAUGGUGUUGCAUGUGAAACUGAAACCUUUGAUGCUUGUGUUAUUAAUUGUCGGCACUCUUAUACAAGUUAUAGUGUUAAUUAUGGAAUUACAAAUGAUUCUUGGCGGUCGUUCAAUUGAAAUAGGAGAAGAUGAUUACGCACUUGCGGCGUAUAUGCUUUACACUUCAAUUGUAGAUAUUUUCCUUCAUUUAGUUCAAAUAUUUGGUAUGUUAGAUGAAUAA